AUGCUUAUGACGGAAACAUACACCCCGGCGAGCGCCUCGACCGCUGCGAACGCCGCGUUAGAUCCAGACGUCGAGGUCUUCAGCGAGCGUCUGCGACUUAAAAUUCAGCCAAGUCCACCCAAAUUUCCUUACCGAGACGAACCUUUUGAGCUUACGGUGUAUCUUGUGGAUGCAGCCGAUCAUCUCAAAUCCGGUGCAAUUGUCCCGCUUAAUGUAGAGCUUUACGCCGCAGAAAAGAUGAUGCCUGUCGAAAAGGAUAUCUUACACAUUGAUCCAAUUACGAAGCCCGUUAUGAAUGGCGACGGUAUUUGCAAGCUACGCAUGAGCAUCAGUGAGUGCUCUAUGGCUCUAGGCAACCGCAAGUUUGUCAUUCAUAUCUCAGCCUCCACUACGAAGGAGAAUUUUAGUCUAAACGUUACACCUGCUCUCACUUCCGAAAUGACAGUAAUUCAGCACCGAUUGCUUAUCCAGGAAAAGCUUCCCGAGCUCUGGUACAAAGAUGAAGGCGGCCGUGACAAGUGUAUGACACUGCCGAUAUUCCUCGUUAACGCCAAGAAUGAGCGCGUGGGCAAUCGCCCUGUGCCACUGCGAGUCACGCUGCUCUACGAGAAUGAGCACCCAGUGCUUAAGCAGGACAUUCUCAAAAUGUCUCCGGACUGUGAACGUUCCAUUGAUUCAACAGGCAAGGCUGUGCUUAAGCUUCGUAUUGAAGAUGUGUCUAAGAACCAUCAAGGACAAGCUUUUCGGCUUAAGGUGGAAGCCGAUACGGCACAGUCUCCACUAAAUUUUGAUGUUGCCUACGAUUUGAGUUCGUCCAUCUCAGUGCGUUCAAAACGCAAUAAGCGUCGACCUGGAAGGAGCAUGCCGGCUCAAAUUACUCACCAUAUUAUUGCUGGGGCGUCAACACCAAUGUCGACGUCAUCAUCUCCAGCAUCCAAUGCGGACCACGAAAUGAUGUUAGCUGGAGCGUUUAGUUCGGCCGCAUUUACUGCGGAAGAUCGCCGAAAGAGACUGCGCACAGGGGAAGGCACCUCACCAGGAACCCCGCGCGUCGGUGGAAGUCCGCAGUCUGCCAACUCGCUAACUGGUGCUAUGGAGAGCAUUCUUACCUGGACCGGUGGAGUUGUAAAUGGUCUUCAUCAACUGGAGUGGCAAACGGUGGGUUACGAAAGCAAGGGUGACGGCACGGCAGACCCCGAACGACCUAUUUACCGAUGCCCGGCGUGCUGGCGUUACAAAGAUGUAAUGACGUAUGAGACGGCCCAACAUGAUACAAAAUGCUUGAUUGCCAAUCUGUUACUUACUUAUGCGACUGACACGAUGGGCCACCUCGAUUUUGUUUUAAAAGGUAUUGAGCGCUUUCCAGCGAUGAUUGCAAGUGCACAGGCUGCCGCGCAAAAGGCAGCGGUAAAGCCAAUGGGUCAAAUGCAGAACCAGACGCCAACGCUUGUGAGCCCUCAGAAUUCCAGCUUAAUGGGCGUCAAUCCCCUUGCAGAUGAUAAAUCAUUAAAUCAGCAAAUGAUGAGCAUGAUGACCUCGAGAAUUGCUAGUAAUGCCACUGCAAAUCACUUUUCCAUGAGCAAUAGCUCUUCUACGAUAACUUCCGGGACAUCAGGCGCAUUGAGUGGUCUGACCGGAAUGGAGGGCCCUCCUGGGCUGUUUCGUAAUAACUCUGGUGGACUCACCGAAUUCAUGCGGUCACUGGAUGACCACGACUCAAACGACCCGAUCUUCUAUCAAAACCUAACUAGCAGUGGGAAUAACAACAACGGUGGCAGCAGCAGUCAGAUCGCUGAUGCAAUAGAGAUGCAAGUGUUCUACGUGGUUGCACGAAUGGUCACACUGAAUUCUAGCAAUGCUAUUGGUUUUCCGGCUUUUGAUGUCAGCAUGCAUUUGUUGGGCUUUUACCAAGAAGGACGUGAAAAUGCUACAACUGAAGUAGUAUUCGUUCCAGCAAGUGAUAUCCCUGCCAUUUCUCAAGGUGAGGUAAUGGAGACCCAACGCUUGCUACAGGCCGAAAUAAAAGGCAAUAGCUCAGCAGUGCACACACUGGCGCGCUGCAACAAUGAUCUUGUGAAAUUAAAGGAGGAUGUUAUCCUUUUUCAUUGGAAUGCAAAAGAUCGGAUCACUCCAAAGUGGUAA